GCGGAGACUGCAGACUACCGGUGCAGGAGCGGAGGUGAGACUACCUGCCGGUGAGCCUCUACUCCAGCGGGUAGGUGGACACCAUGAACUACGUGGGGCAGCUGGCCGGCCAGGUGCUGGUGACAGUAAAGGAGCUGUAUAAGGGGAUCAAUCAGGCCACUCUGUCAGGCUGCAUCGACGUGAUCGUGGUCCGACAGCCUGACGGGACGUUCCAGUGCUCCCCUUUCCACGUUCGCUUCGGGAAACUCGGGGUGCUGCGCUCCAGGGAGAAAGUAAUUGAUAUAGAAAUCAAUGGGGAACCUGUGGAGCUACACAUGAAGCUUGGAGACAAUGGAGAGGCCUUUUUUGUCCAGGAGACAGAGCAGCACAAUGAAAUCGUCCCAGCCCACCUGGUGACCUCGCCCAUCCCCACAGAAGAGGCUCUGUUCAGGAGUAGAGAGCCCAGGUGUGGGGGAUCAGUGGCAGAGACCAGUCCCCCUCUGAGUGCAGAAGACCCGGCUGCUGCAAGCACCCAGCCCUGCUCUAACUCAGCCGGUAAGAAGAAGAAGAGACGCAGGAGGAAGCACAAAGCUGAGCCACGCAAGGAGGAGCAAACAGCCACACCUGCAGGCGGGGAGCUGGAGCUGUGUGAGCUCAGUUCAGAUGAGGAGCACAAUGCACACAAUGGACGGGCAUCCUCACUCUCCAUGAUGAACAACAACAUGGACCACAGGCAACACUCCCCCCUCACCGCCCUCGAGUGGGACAGCUACCCUUUCUCCGACGGAGACUGGUCUCCCUGCACUACCAGGGAGAUGUCCGAGCCCAUGUCACCCAAGAGUGACUCAGAGCUGAUGGUGAAGCCGGCAGAGAGCAUGCUCAGGGCCGAGGCCCACAUGCAGUGGACAUGGGGGGAGUUUCCGGAAUCUACCAGGGUCAACAAAAAGGACAAACCAGAGCCAAAGAUGUUGACGAUUACUCCCUCAGAGAACACGCAUUUCAGGGUUAUCUUAAGCUCAGAGGCGAUGGAGGAAGAGUCCAGGGAAGGAGAGAGGGACACAGAUCCGAUCUGCAGCAUUGUUAAACCAGAGCCUCGGACCAUAAAAGCUGUUCAGCGCAGCUGUAAACCACAGCCCCCUGAAGCUCUGUCACAUGACACAAACAUUACUGAGCACAAACCGGACCUUUCAAAUUCAGCGUGCAGCAGUUUUACUUCUGAGCCAUGUGCCAGAAACUCAGACCUUAACCCAAAAAUCCUGCGUAAGCCCAGGUGGACGUCUUCGCCACCCAGCCGCAGGGCCAGCGGCUCUGCUGCCAGCGGAGGCAGUAACAUGGCUGGAGACUCUGCAGCUGUCUGUGCCGACACAGGGGCCUCCGCCAAACCACCCACAGACUCCCCCGCUGAACGGAGAGGUGUGAGGAAGAGGAGCCAGCAUCAGGGACCUGAAGAUAUUUACCUGGAUGAUCUGAGUGCACUGGAACCUGAUGUUGUUGCUCGGUACUUCCCAAAAAGUGAGUCUGAGCAGGUUCCGAAACACUGGGUGGAGAUGGGGCGGCGCUCUGGAUCCCAGUCACCACAGUCAGUGGGCAGCGCAGCAGCAGACAGUGGUACUGAGUGUCUGUCUGACUCUGCUGGUGACCUCCCCGACGUCACGCUGUCGCUGUGUGGAGGCGUUGGUGAGAACUCCGAGAUCUCCAAAGAAAAAUUCAUGGAGCACAUCAUCACCUACAACGAGUUCGCAGAGAAUCCAGCGAUUAUUGACAAUCCAAAUUUGGUGGUUAGAAUUGCAAACAGGUAUUACAACUGGACACUGGCAGCACCGCUGAUACUCAGUAUGCAGGCUUUUCAGAAGAACUUGCCAAAGGCUACAGAGGAGGCCUGGGUGAAGGAGAAAAUGCCAAAAAAAUCUGGACGCUGGUGGUUCUGGAGAAAGAGCAGCGUGAAGCAGUCAUCAUCCGAGACCAAGUUAGAGAGGCAGGAGUCCCUGACCAGAGAGAGCCCUGCCCUCCACCAGGCCCCAGAAACACAACUUCGUUCUCUCUCUUGCAGGCACAAAGCAGCAGAGUGGUCCAGCGACGACGAGACCAAAGAGCUGAACGCUGCUGCACCCGCCCUGACACCUAUUGAGCGUGUGCAGACAGAAGGCCCGGUACCCGCACCCUGUCACUCCUACAGGAAAUCCCUCCGCCUGUCCUCUGACCAGAUAGCCAGCCUGAAGCUGAGAGAGGGGCCUAACGAUGUCACCUUCAGCAUAACCACCCAGUACCAGGGGACGUGUCGCUGCGAGGGCACCAUCUACCUGUGGAACUGGGACGACAAGGUUAUAAUCUCUGACAUCGAUGGCACCAUCACCAAAUCAGAUGUGUUUGGACAGAUUCUGCCUCAGCUCGGUAAAGACUGGACACAUCAAGGAAUCGCCAAGCUUUACCACUCAGUGCACGAAAACGGUUACAAGUUCCUGUACUGUUCGGCCCGAGCGAUCGGCAUGGCUGACAUGACGCGAGGAUAUCUGCACUGGGUGAACGACAGGGGGACUCUCCUGCCUCAAGGUCCCCUCAUGCUGUCCCCUAGUAGCCUCUUUUCUGCCUUCCACAGAGAGAUCAUAGAAAAAAAGCCUGAGAAGUUCAAGAUCGAAUGCCUCACAGACAUCAAGAACCUGUUCCUCCCAAACACACAUCCCUUCUACGCUGCCUUUGGAAACAGAGAAAGUGAUGUCUUUGCCUACAAGCAAGUGGGUGUGCCUGUGUGCCGGAUAUUCACAGUGAAUCCCAAAGGGGAGUUAAUCCUCGAGCAAGCCAAAGGCAAUAAAACAUCUUAUAGCCGACUGAGUGAGCUGGUGGAGCAUGUUUUUCCUUUACGAAGCUCACAACACAACGCCACCUUCAGCUGCCCGGAGUUCAGCUCCUUCUGCUACUGGAGACAGCCGAUCGCUGAGGUGUGUUUUGAGGAGCUGCUUUAACUCAGACUGACAUUAGUGUUUUAAAUUAAUUACUUGAAAUCAACUUAACUCAGAGCAGUAAUUUAUUUCAUGUCUAUAUGCACUGGCUUAAUACUGAUACAAAUUCAGUAGAUAUAUUAGUUUUAUAUCGUCCUCGGCACAUUCCAGUUUAGAGAAAACGUUUGGAAUAUUAAAAUAUUCUAAGGUUUUUAUGUGAAACGUAAUUUCUUUCAGGGUUUACUCCUGUUAUGGAGAGUAUUUUCUUUACUUGAGCUACACAGUAAAGAGGUGUGUUUGAAGGCUUUGUCAGAUUUUGGGACAUAUGAAAGAUCAGUUGUUUCAUCACAAAAUCCCUUAAGCGUAAAAAUACUGACUGUAGUGCACAAGUUCUGCCUGAAACAUACAGUACAUGGUGAAUUUGGAAAAACUAUGUAUUUCCCUUUUAAGGCCUUAUUUGCUCUGUAACGGUGUUAUUUAAUGUAUAGAAAUCUUAUAUAUUUGCUCCAAAGCUUAAGGAUUUUGCACUGUUAUGUUAAAGAUAAAAAUGUAAAACAUUUGUUCAUAUAUAUAAUAACUGCAUUACUAUAAUUUAGGAGAAAAAAACACUUUCUAAACUGUAGAUACUGCUGCUUUUUGGUAUUUUUUUUUCUAGUAUUUUUCCAAAAUCUAGAUUCAGUUAGACUGAAAGUAGAAAUCCUUGAUGAAUUUUGAGACUAAAGACUAUUAAUGUUAUGUGUUAUUAAUGUUAUGCCUCUUUUUAAAAAAAAAAAAUAUUUUCCUUCUCUGUAACAGCUGUCAGUAAAAUUUAAACGCAUUCUUUCUAUGAAAGUGAUAAACUUUGUGUGACGAGGACACACUGUAUUUUCUUAGUUGUCAAAUUUCACUUUUCAAUGAAGAACUUUUGCUGCUGCUUCAGGUGUUUUGUGUAGGUUGUUGUGAUUACAACUGUUUGAUCAGCUUUCUAUUUGUUAGACAGUGAGAGAGGUCAUCUCCGAACAUGACUUAUGUAAGGUCAUUUUUAUAGUGAGUCAACAUUU